AUGAAUGACAACUCUGCUCCUGCUCCCUAUCAAAUUCCUCAAGGGCAGUCACCUCUGGUUUAUCCACCAAAUGUUACAAUGGUGUCACCUUAUUCGUCUUGUUCUUGGGUACCCUAUGGAAAUACUACAAACCCCCAAAACGAUUGUCCGCAUGGUUCACAAAAUGUUAUCACGCCAUUUAUUCCAUUAAUGUUAAAUCCAACUUUUUUGGCAACAGCAAAACUAGCUCAAACAAUGAUAAAACACAGUGUAGAUGACCAUAAUUCAACCAUUAUACACACACAACCUCUAUUAAUUCUCCAUUGUUCAUUGAUUUAUUUUGAUUGUUAUAGUGAUGAGGAAAUAAACAUCAUUGAACAAGUAUUAGAAAAUUAUAAAUGGUCAAGCUUUGAACUUCGAUUAAAUGAAAUCCGUUGUCAUGUUGAUACUCUAAAAGCAUAUAUAACUGCAGAAGUUGACUCAGAAUCAGCAUCUUCAUUAUGGACUUUAGUACGGGGAAUAGAAUCGGCUAUUAGUGCUCAAGGUGUUAAAAUAAAACAACCAAAAAUUGAACAAUUUCAUAUGACGUUAGCCAUAGUUAAAUACCAGUAUCCAAGUGAUUGCAUCGUUUCUAAAUUAAAACAAAAUUUACUGCCAUUUUUACCAUCGCAUGAAUUUGGUUCAAAAAAAGUUUGCUGUUUUUGGCUCCAAAAACCAGGUGGUGAGAUCGAAAGAUAUUUUGCACAAGACUGUUUGCUUUUAGAAAAAUUGGCUUGUCGAUAA